GAGAGCGCGGCGCAAGCGAUUGAACACGCGCUUUGGAUGUUGUGGCAAAAGUCUGGUAAUAGUCAUUACGACGCGAGGUUAUUAGACGGCAUUCGAGCGAUGAGCAUCGUGCCCGACGGGUUGCCCAUGGCGCGGGAUAUCUUUUCAGAGAUCAUGGAAGCGAAGCCUGACUUCGCGGAGGCGCAUAAUAAACGCGCGACGGCGUUGUACUUGAUGCAGCUGUACGACUUGAGCAUUAAAGAUUGCGACAACGUACUCAAGCUCAACCCCCAACACUUUGGCGCGCACUCGGGGAAAGGGUUGUGCUAUCUCGCCUUACAUCAAUAUCAAAAUGCCCUCGACAGUUUCGAGGCGGCGUUGAGAAUCAACCCG